AGAACGUCUAAAAGCAUUUUAGUUAUUGAAUCCCAUCUUGAGUCGUGGAGCUGUAUGAGCGGUAGACUUGAAGAUGCUUCUGGUUAUACAUGUGACCCAGUUGCACCCACCAGAUGGCAGAGCAGGGCAGGACAGUGAGAGUGAGUGGCCUGCCCACCAACAUUGAGGAUGACCGGCUGAUCGACAAGUUAUUCAUCCACUUCCUGAGGACCAGCAACGGGGGAGGGGAAAUCGAAUCUGUCACUGUUGUCACACCUGGCUCUGCCCUCAUCACUUUCGAGGACUGUAAAGUGGCUCAGAGUGUGCUUCAAUAUGGCCGACACAUUUUGAAGGUGGACAAGAAAAAGUAUGAACUAAAACUAAGAGAGCAUCGCAAAGAUAUUGACCCAGCUAAGGUCAUCCUAAACAUGUCCGUUACCGUAGACUACAGCCAGCUUCCCAAGGGAAAGAUGGCGGUGACGCACAUGCUCGCUAGCCACCCUGAUGUCCAGAUCAGCUACAACCCACCAGAAGAGCUCUGCACCCUGAUGGGCCGUUACUCCGAGAUCCAGGUUGCAGUAGCCCAACUACUGGGCCUCUCCGGGGACCAGGGGACCACAGAUACCAGCUCCGCUGCCUUGAAUGGUGCCAAGGAAGGGCCUGCUUCUCCUCACACAGGCAGGACCUCUCAAACCAGGGACUCGACACAGACGAGGGCGGAGGAGCAGCCUCUGCCCGCAGGGGCUCAAGGCCUGGGCUCGUAUGAGGGUUUAGGAUCUGGAGGUUAUGGUUGGGAGGCUGUGGGCCAGACCGAGGACGGCGCUGCGGGUCUGCAGCCUGAAGCUCAAACCAUGGCGGACGAAGACUUCUCCCUCAUUAUGGAUGCAGACAUGUUCCUUUAUCUGCAGAGGCACUGUGGGGAGGAGUACCGGCACAUCCUCAGCAGUCACGGGGUGGAGGCGGUGGACGUGUCGGCUCAGGGGGUGACCACCCUGUUCUUGCAGAACGGUACCGGGACGGGGAAGCCGGGCAGGGAGCUGGAGCGACUUAGGAGGGCUCGCGGGGACCUGAGUCAGCUCUACCAGGAGAACGAGGCCAGGCUUCGAAGAGCUCAGCUGCCCAAGAGUGUUCUAUCCCCCAGGGGUGGUCUGCAGACGACCAUUGAGGCCCUUCAGGUCAGCCUGCCAAAACUCCUCCUCAGUGAGGAUGACAGAAACAUCUACAUAGUAGGAAGCGGCAGUGACGUGUCGGAGGCCAAGCAGAUCCUCCUCUUGGGCCAGAGAGAGCAAAAGUACGCAACGGAGGAUGUCGCCAGCUUGCUGAGAUCUCCUCCACCUACCUCUUAUUCCUCAAAACCAGGGAAGGAGGCGAAACCAUAUGUUCUCGCCUCAGCAGGAUUUCUGGACCCCCGGGUAGAUAAGAUGCUGAAGUCUUAUGAGGUUGAGAGGAAAGCAGAAGGUGCCAGAGGGUAUAAACUAGCAGCCAGGUUUAAGGACUUGGGGCUGGGUGGGCUGGGGGCCAAGCCAGGGGGGACGGUGGCUGCAGGGUCCUCAGGUCUUAGUACCCAACCAGGCCUUAGGCCUAUGCAGACUCACAAGCGUCUGUCUGGCAUAGAGAAACCAAGGUUAGGGGGCGAAGGAUUCUCAAGUGCAGGCACGCAAAACAUUGAAGAGGAUAUCUUAUUUAAGAAUGGCAGUCCCUUGUUUAAUUAUUCCACUACGGAAAGGAAAGCUGCCUCGAGUUCUUUUUUAAUCGGCACACGACAAGGGAGUGAUGUAGCCCCCCUCGCCACAACUCAGAGCAACUUGGCAGAGAUCGCCACAUUCCCAACCCCUGGAUCUGGUUCUAGUCUGAGGAGAACCAGUAGUUUCUCUGGACGGUCCAGGCCCAAGGCCCAGGACACAGGGCAGAGCAAGACUGCAGAGGAAGCUGGUAAGUCCAUGGCCAGGUCCAACAGCUUCAGUAACCGCACAGGGAGGGAUAGGAGAGGUGUCUACACCGCAGAGGUGACUGUUUCCACGGUGAUGUGGCGGUACAUUAAAGAGGCCUAUGCCAUUCGCCUUGAGGACAUGACCUCCGAGUUGCAGAUGGCCGAUAACCAAUCAGAAAGGAGUUGCGAAGUCACUGUUUCAUUGAAGGGCGCGGCAUCGUCCAUAGUCAAAUCUUGUGAGUUGGAGCUACAAAAGCUGGUUGCUAUGGUUACCACAGACUUCUCCGUGCAAGAGUUGCGUCUGGCUGAACUGGGCGUGUCCAACCCGCACGAUGAGACAUUGAAUGAAUGCUGUGCCGAGAUCCGGGGACGGUUCAAGAAGGUUUCUAUCCAGGUGCUGAAGGAGAGUGUCUUUCUGAUUGGCCCCAGACUCCUGUGCUCUCAGGUGAGUGCAGCUCUAAGAGAGGUGUUCUCUGGAGUGCAAGGCCCCAGGCAGGAGCUAGAGGAGCUCUGUGCCCCCUCUACCUCCAGCAUGAACCAGCCGACGCCUCUCCAGAUGAAUGGGGUUCCAAACCCCACACCAUCUCAGAAUAAUACCCUUCAGCUGAAGACAGACUACGAUAGAGUAGAGGAAGGGGAGGUAACCGGCGGCAGUCUGGAGAAGAACUUUAAGAGAAAAGAUUCUACACGGACACAGAGGAAGACUGAGACAGAGCCCAUGAAUGGAGUGGUCAGCCUCCCGUCCACCAGGAAAGACCCUGUUACAAGACAGAAAGUGAAGAGGAGAGAGACGGUGGAUACGGAUGGGAACAAGACUGACACAUUGACCAGCCAUUCAGUAAAAGGGAAGGAUAGAGGACAGGCACCAGUGAUGGGUUGUGGGCCAGCAUCCGAUUCAGUGUUUACACAAACCAGUCAAGGCAUAGAAACGCCACCAAAAGACCACAACCUUCCAUCUCAGUUGCCCCGGACGGAAGAAAGAUUGUCCAGAACGGAGAAUCAAGAGGGAUCAGGAGGAUCUAUUACACAACACAGUUCAAGAAGGUCCAGUCUGCCUGGGGCACAGGGGGGGAUGUGUGUGUGUGGUAAAAUUGGAGCCUCAUUGAAAAUGACAGAGUGCAGGUCGACCCUGUGUCCAGAGUGCCUGGCUAGCGUUCACAUCCACUGCAAGGUUUGCCCUAAAGUAAAGGAGAUACCACCUGGGAUCCAGGGCAAAAUGAGCUGCUCCGAGAUGUCCCUGUCCCUGCCCGGCCACAACAGGCACUCCACAAUGAAGAUAAGCUACUACAUUCCCGAUGGCAUUCAGGGGGAGGGUGACCCGUCCCCUGGGUCGACGUUCCGAGGGGGGCUGUUUGAGGCCUACCUGCCCCUGUGUGAACGCACUCGCAGUCUGCUGCCCCGGCUAGAGAGGGCAUUCAAGCUGGGCCUCACCUUCACCGUUACGAGCACCAAGACAGGGCCCAGGGUCACCUGGGACUGCAUCCCCCACAAGACCAGCCUGCAGGGGGGCAAGUCUGGGAACGGAUAUCCAGAUUCCAACUAUUUGACUCGUCUGUCUGAGGUGCUGGCUGCUGUUGGGAUCGAGCCGGUGCCAGCCAAGUCUCAAAAUACAAAUCAAAUAUGAUGGGGGUAAUUGAUUUUAAAAUUUUAAUUUGGGGGAGGGGGGGGGGGAUUUCUUGUCAAUGUAAACAUAUUUUAAUUUGUAUAUAUUGCAAUCUAUGCACUAUUCUUAAACAAGAUUGUUUUAUACUGUAAUGCCAAAUGCCUCAUGGUUACUGUGUUUGUUCAUGUCUAAUAGAAUAGAAACUAAUUGUCUCCUAGUUUUCCGUUAUUUGUCCUGGCAGCUAUUAUAGAUUUCUUUAUCAGAUUUGAUUAACGAUCUUGUGCUCUCACAACCAUCAUUCCACUGGCACCGAUGUACAACUGCACAACACAUACCCUGGAAACGCCACUGCAGGCGUUUCCAAUGUUAAUCAACACAGAUUAUACAAAAUAAAAGAAACCACUCUGAUA